GCACCUCGGCUCCGGCCUUAACACGCCCCGCGAGCGCCCGCCCUCCCUCUUCCUGGAGCAGCCGACGCUCUCCUCCUCCUCCUCCUCCUCCUCCUCGCAGCUUCCCCCCACACCACGGUCCGCCCGCAUUCCCCGCUGCCCAUGGCGCUGAAGCGGAUACAGAAGUAUUAACCUACCCAAUUUUAUGCCUGAAAAUUUGAGAAGCAUUUCCUUCACAUCAGAGUCAUGAAAAAAAAAUACUGAAGAGUACCAGAUUCAGGACUGAUUUCAUUUCAUCACUCCACUUGAUAUCACACUCAGGAGCUAAGUGAUCUGCAGCGUGAUCCACCUGCACAUUGUUCAGCUGGACCUGUUGGAGAUGACUUGUUUCAUUGGCAAGCAACUAUUAUGGGACCUCCUGACAGUGCUUAUCAAGGGGGAGUCUUUUUUCUUACAGUCCACUUUCCAACAGACUACCCAUUCAAACCACCAAAGAUUGCAUUCACUACUAAAAUAUACCAUCCAAACAUAAAUAGCAAUGGAAGUAUUUGUCUUGAUAUCCUGAGGUCACAGUGGUCACCAGCACUGACUGUAUCUAAAGUGCUUUUGUCCAUAUGCUCUCUACUUUGUGACCCUAAUCCAGAUGACCCUUUAGUACCAGAUAUUGCACAAAUCUACAAGUCAGACAAGGAAAAAUAUAACAGACAUGCAAGAGAAUGGACACAGAAAUAUGCAAUGUAAACUUUGAAGACAUUUUCUUAUAUACCAGAGUACUGUAAAUUUUAGGGUUUUUCAAAAUUAGAAGUAAAUGGAGCACAGUUUACUGUUUUCAGUGUACCAUGAAGCCCUUUUUGAUUUUUACCCAUAUAAGUGUGUUUCUGGAACAAGGAAAUUAACUACAAAAAUUAACCUGAAGACUGUGACGAGAGUAUUUAUCCUUUCUGUAUGCUUUGCAAAAGACAUUUAUUAUGUUUUUUAAAGAUACUUGGACAUCUGCAUCUCCAGCCUACAAGAUUCAUAGUGCAGUUGUAGAGCAACCAAACUAUUUUUGCUGAAAACUAGGUGGUACAUAAUAAAUAUUCUGUGUCUUUGAGAUGUCAGUCUUGUAAGUCUGUUUGAAUGUCAUUCUUUGUUAUUAGUUCAUUGUAUAAUUUGUAUUUUUUUACUGUAUAGACUAUAUUUUAUUUACCAUAUAUUUCAACUCAUUUUAGACUUUCUGCACAGUAUUGAAAAAUACAACUGCUACUAAAUGAGUGAACUAUUCCUUCCCAAAGGAAUAUUCUAUAAACUGAUAGACUUCUAAAAACAAACUUUGCACUCUAAUCUUCAGUAUGCUGAUUAUGGGGAAACACAUGGUUUUGAUUUUGUUGCAUACUUUUAUUGCAAUGUGAACUAAUUGCACUGCUCUGUAGAAAAAAAUGUAACUAAUUUUGUUCUAUUCACAGCUGACUUUUUAUCCCAUAUGGGCAAUAUAAUCUCUGACAUGUUAACAAAAUUGACUUGAAGCUUUUCCGUAUAAAUAAAACAUGUUUUUUACUACU